AUAGCAACAAACCUUUAUAAGACACAUUGGCACAGAAGAAGUAGCACUUAGAGGAUAUGGCUUACGCCUUUCUGACUGAAGUAGAAUUAAGCUUAUAUUAGUUAAGAGUCCAUAACCAGAUGAAAUGCACUGUCUGAGCAGGACACCCAGGUCAAAUCUGCUGAACUCCUACAGUGACUUCCAGGAGACGGAUGAGAUUGCCAGAGAAUCAUAUGAGGCCACCUGGUUAGACCUGAUGAUGGAGACAAGACCAGAAUACAAGAUGACGCGCUUUGAGAAGGACUCUGUGAAGAAAGAAAGCUAUGAAAGCAAACAGGUGGUUCACUUCACAAUACGCAGAUUCCCAAACCAGAUGCUCUGCAUGGGAAGAGAGGGUGAGACAAUGCGGGAAUAUCAAUUACCUUACAAAAGCAUUCUCCCGAUACCAAUAUUUGUGCCGAGGGGCAUCACAAAGCCUGAUGUGACCCGUGAGCCUUCUCCCACUUCUUUGGACACUGAGACUAUUUCAAGAGGAAUUUGGCCUCAGAAGAGAGAGAUUUCAUCCAUCACCGACCAUAAGCCGAUGGUAAUACAACCUAGGAGUCUGGAGUUCAGAGCAUCCAGCCUCAUAUCUCCACCGCAAGAGUUGCAUCGUUCCCAACGUCGGGAAUGAUGAGGUGACGAAAGCUGUGGGGGGUGUGAUGGGUGAACUCAUUCCUAUUUCUGAAGACUUAUUCACAGCACAAGGGGUGUGAGCAUGCGUUUAUUUAUUUUUAUUUUGAGAAUACACAAAAAGUAUUUGGACACCCUGACAAAGGUUAUCAAAAACGUCCUAAAUUCUUUUUAAAACGUCAGCUCCUUUCAAGGUCAUAUGGGUCUCUUGCAUAUCUUCUAUACUACUGUAAAUGUUAUAAUUCAUCUUCCAGUGUCAUUUACACAUUGUUUCUGAACUGUAAUUUAAUUUAUGCCCAUUUAUGUGCAUUAUGGUACAAAAGAACAAUAAACCAUUUUGAUUUAUUUAAAA